AUUAUCUUUAAUUUUGACUAAUUUCUCCCCAUAGAAACAUCCGGUCUGUGGCAAGAUGGCUGAUCUUGCUGCCAAGUAUCAAAAAUUAGCAGCCGAAUAUUCAAAGCUUAAAGCACAGAUACCGGUAUUGAAGAAAGCAUUUUUGGAUGAGCAAACAGAGAAUACAAAUUUAAAGGAUGUUUUAAAAGAGAAGGACACAUGUGUACGCAAAUAUGAACAGGAAGCAGACAGUCUGUCUUUCAGAAAUCAACAGUUGUCAAAAAGAGUUCUGCUUUUACAAGAUGAACUUGAGCAGGCUGAGAGUAUUAUUGGUAAAAAGAAAAACAAGCACAAGACAAAUGAUGCUUCAGCAUCUGAUCAAUUAAAACUAGGGUCUAGUGGUGUGUUUAAUGAAGAAUUACAGAGUAAAAUAGAAGAGAAUGCCAGGUUACAUAAACAGGUCAAUGAGACAUCAGAGAUAUUUGAGAAGAAAGUUCAAGAAUUAGAAAACAGUUUAAGAACAGUUGAAUUAGAACAUAGUCAGUAUAAUGAAGUAUUAAAUGCCACCAAACAGCAGAGUAAAAGCCAAAUAGAAAAAUUACAAGAAGAUAAAGCUAUGUUAGAGGUGAAACUUCAUACUCACGAUAGUGAUAUAAAGCAGUUUAAAAUGAGAGCUGAAGUUGCCGAGAUAAAGUUGAACACUGUAAAAACAGAUUUAACCCAAAGAAUACAAACUGCUGAAAAUAUAAUAUCUGAUAAAUUACCGUUUAUUGAUACAAAGAUUGCCCAGUUAAAUAGCCUUAACAUACCCGUGUUUGAUCGUAAACAUCAGCUACGUGCUUGGGAAUUAGUAAAUCAAGCAGGAACAAAUGUCGGAGAAUUAGUACAGAGUCUGUCAAACUUCUAUACAUAUAGUGAACAGAGAUCUAAAAUCUAUCCUGCUGACAGUAGAACAGAACCUAUAAGUGAAGUAAACACAAAAUACUGCAGACUUUUACAUGAAAAUCUGGUAUACUGUAGGCCCAUUGAACAGUCAUUGAAAAAAUUUGGUGAAAUAUUAAAAGAUGACUCUCUUUCUACAAUUCUAGAUACAACAACAGAUUUAAAACCUUUCUGCGACAGUUUUCACAAUUUUGUAGACUACAAUAAUAGAUUACUACCCUUACAACUUUCCAGUAUUGAGGAAGAAUGUGCUCUGUCUUCCUGCCCAUCAACGCUUUCAGCUAAAAAUAUGGAAUUGCACAACUCUUAUAAGAAACUAAAUGAUGUUUAUAAUAAACUAGAUGGUCAUAUUUCACAGUUAGGCAAAAAAACAUCUUCUGAUUCUUCCAGUGAUAAUGUACAGAUAUUUCAAGAUUUAUCUCAAUCUUUAACAGACUUCCAUAUUACUGUCAAAGAGGUAUCCAAGCAUUACAAUGCCAAAGUUUCACUUGAACAUCAGUUACCUACAGCAACACAGAAACUGAAAACAACAGAUGAAUGUAUUGUGUCUUCCCUUGUAUCUUUAGUUACUAGUGCUAGUAAGAUAGCGACUUUUAUUGGUAAUAAUAUAGAGUUUUGUAGUGAGAAAUCAGGGUAUGUUAGCAGAGGUACUAAAAAUAAUUCUGAUAAUACCGGUGUAAAUCCUGUAGUAGCUACAUUUAAAAAUAGAACUACAGAAUAUAUCUCAUCAUUAGCCAGGCCAUGUCCAGAAUCUGUACCUCAUAAAGUAGCUGUACAGAAUAGAAAAGUUUUAUUGAGUUCAGCUGAAAGUAAAGAAGGUUUAUCUAAACAAAUAGAAAGAUUUCAACAACGUGUAGGAUCAUUAGAACAAGAAAAAGAACAUUAUAUGUUAGAAUUACAGUUAUUAAAGAUAAAAUAUGAAAAUGAAAUCCAUAAAUAUAAACAGUUGGAGAAAGAAAUUAGUUUGUUAAAGAGGAAAGGUAUAACUGAUACUCCAAAUGAUAUUGAAUCCAACAUGGAGAAAAUGCCAUCAUUAGAACCAACAAAUACCAAUAUAAAUAAAACUCAAAUCCCUUCAGAUAAUUUACUGAUAGGUAAAUUAGAAUCAGUAAGUGGUAGUAAUUUUGAUGGUGAAACUAGAGAACAGUUGAUUAAAAAUCAUUUUACACUUCGACAGAAUCAAUUAACAUUACAACUACAACAUGCUGAUAGUAAAUGUGUUAAUUUUCAUGCUGAGGUGCGGGCACUACACAAACAACUACAAUUAGCAGAAAAACAGAAAAGUAAAGCGGAAGAAGAAUUAAACAUAGCUAAUCAAGCUUUAGCUCAAUUAAAGGAUGAACAUCAAACAACAACUAAAAGUUAUGAAAAUCAGUUGAGUAUGAUGAGUGAACAUUUAGCAGGAAUGAAUGAAAGAUUAGCCAAACAGAAAGAUGAAAUAGAUGAACAGAAAAUUCUCUUACAAGGCAAAUCUAAGAGUUUAAAGAAGAAGAAAUGAUGCAUUUUAAAUGGUGAAACAAAAUGGCACAUUGUGAUAUUUAUAAAUACUAACUACACAAUUUAUAAUAAAUUAUUAUAACAGAGUUGUUGAAUUUAAUAAAUGUAUAUAUUAGUAGGUUGUUUACCAGCGAGUAAAAAUCAAAACAUUUCUCUCUGAUUAAUACUCCAGAGAGAGGGGUUUUAUAUAGGCUACACCUAAUUUCUUGUUCACAACCAUUGUUACUUAAUAAAAAUAUUGCUAAUGUAAAAAAAUGGCCCGAAAUGUCUUUUUAAAAUAGCUUGUUACUGUAUUAGGUAUGUUGUGAAUAAAGGACUUCCAGGAGUAUGGUACAUAAGAGUUAUCUACCAUUGAUAAGCUAGUAUAUAUGUAUUAUAAUAAUAUCAUUUAUUAGAAGGAUAAAUAAUUACUAGUAUCAUUCUAAUUAUAUUUUUUUUUUUUAUAAUUGUGGAGAAACUAAAUCAACUGCGUGUGCAGUAUUGGUUAUGUGACUUGUGAACAGAAUCUUAUCAAGCCAAAAUUGAUAUACAUGUAUUGUGCAGACAAAAUUGUUAUGUGAUAUUUUUUUUUAAAGAUAAACAAUCUGAUUACUGUAUAUAGACUGUAUAAUAUAGUUAUGUAUAGUGCAAAUAAUUGUAAUUAAAAAUCGAUGUGACAUGGUACUAUCAGUGGCGGAUCCAGGUGGGGGACCCAAAAUCUUCCCCCCCCCAAUUUUGAAUGACUAUGAUUAACUUAUUAUGAAUAUUUUGUUUCUAUGAGAGUGUAAAUUAGGGCUCUUUGUUGGUUAGGGGUCCAGAUAUGCGCCACAAAUCACCACUACACCCCAAUAUUUCAAAAUGUUCUCCAAUGAAAGAACCCCCCCCCCCCAAUAACCGAAUAUACUGCAUCCUCCAGGGGAACUAGUUUACAAAAAUAAGCUACAAAAUGUUACAAUAGAUCAGGGGCCUGUUUCUCGAAAUCUUAACUAAAGAUAAAAUCCAAAUUUUAGUAGAUAUUUCAAUUUUGAUUGGCUAAGUGGCUAAGCACUAAAAUCAAUCUAAUAUUAUCCAAUCAAAUUACUAAAAUUUGGAUUUUAUGUUAGUUAAAAUUUCGUGAAACAGGCCCCUUUUAUAAACAGACUUUAAACUGGUAGAUAUUGUAAAGUUUGUCUCUAUUUUAUAGAUGCCAACAUUAUAUUCAUUAUGUGAUGGAAUUGCCUUAAAAAAAUCAAACUGUU